AUGGUUCCAGAGGCCGGAUUCGUGGCGUUGGACCUGGUAUUCAAAUACCGGCCUGAACUGCAGGGUGUUCCGAAGUGCACAGUUCUUCAACACCGACCACAGGCUUCUUGUGGCAACGCUGAAACUACGCCUUCAAGCUCCGAGGAGAGCGGCGCCCGGCCAGAUUCGGCUGGACGUUGGCUGACUGCAGGAGCCUGGCGUGGCGGACGCGUAUGCCGGGAACUUGGCUGGGAGGCUUGCGAUAGCAUUCCAGAGAUCCCUAGGAGUGCCCUUUCCCAGGAGACGGCGGACAUAAUCGACGAGUGCCGCAAGGCAAGACUCGAUGGCAGAACCGGUCACUACAGGGAACUGAGGCGAGAAGCCAUUCGAACUGCUGGUCGGGACCAUGAAGGGCAGGUUCGAGAUCUCUGUGAGGCGGUCGAGGGUCACUUGGGUAAAAGUGACGCUCGCCCAGUUUACGAGGCGAUUCGAAAACUCCGCUCGUCUGGGCCCCACCUGCACAGCUCGAUGGUCCUCGCGGCUGAUGGCGGUGUCCUCUCGGUAGUAGAUGGGCUGAAGCGCUGGGCCGAGUACUUCGAGGAGUUGUAUCGGGCCGAACCUCCACGCUGCAAGCUCUCUGCUGUAGGCAUCCAGAGCCUGGUGCCUAACCCACCCCUCAGCAUUGAUGCGCCUACCCUUGAGGAAGUCCGAAAGGCUCUGGGUCAGCUGAGGGAUGGAAAGGGUCCGGGAAUCUGCGGUGUCUGUGCAGAGAUGCUCAAAGCUGGAGGGGAUAUGCUCCGGUGGUUGCACACGGUGAUUUGCUCCGUAUGGAGCUCGGGGCUCAUCCCAACCAACUGGAAAAGAGGCAUUGUCGUCCCUAUCUGGAAGGGGAAGGGUGAUAUCCGGGAGUGUAACAACCACCGAGGGGUUACCCUUCUCUCGGUGCCAGGCAAAGUCUUCGCCCGGGUACUUCUAAACAGGAUACGUCAGCAGCUCUGAGACCACCAGCGUCCUGAGCAGUCCGGCUUCACACCAAAAAGAUCAACCGUAGACCGCAUCCUUGUGCUACGUGUCCUCCCCGAGCGCUUUCAAGAAUUCGAUAGAAAGCUGCUUGCAGCCUAUAUUGAUUUCAAGAAGGUGUCCGACUCAGUCAGUAGAGAGGCUCUGUGGAGACUUCCUGAUCAAGACGAAGAUCCAGGUCUUCGGGGACUUUCUGGACGCUGCUAUCGAACGGUGGUCGAGCGAGCGGGGAUGGAGUGCGUCAAUUGCCAGUUAUGGGAGCGACAGCUGCGCUUCUACAGCCACGUGGUACGCUACCUGCCCUCGGAUCCAGCGAGCAGGAUUCUGUCCACACCGGACCCGAGGGGAUGGAAGCGCCCAGUAGGGCGACCGGGUGCGCGGUGGUUGGAGCAGCUCGGGAAGCAUCUUGAGAUUGUGGGGGUGUCGGGCCGGGCGGGCGCUCGGUCCAAUGCCGUAAGGUCACCGAUGGAGUGGAGCAAGAAGGAGAGCGCAGCGAAGCGUCACCGCGACGUGUGCCCCCAAAUAUGCUGA